CCUCUCACCCCCACUUUUCUUCGACCAGGGUCCCCAUUAUCACCAUGUCCUUGUCCUUUUGUGGCAACGACAACGACACAGCCGCCUACAACGUGGACAGCGGAGUUCUCAACAACGGGUGCUUCGUAGAUGCCUUAAACGUUGUCCCACACGUCUUUCUGCUCUUCAUCACCUUCCCCAUUCUGUUCAUCGGUUGGGGGAGUCAGAGUUCCAAGGUCCAUAUCCACCACAGUACAUGGCUACACUUUCCUGGUCACAACCUGCGAUGGAUUCUCACCUUCAUCCUCCUGUUCGUUCUGGUGUGCGAGAUAGCGGAGGGAAUCGUCUCGGAUGGAUUUACGGAGACUCGUCAUUUGCAUCUGUACAUGCCUGCUGGAAUGGGCUUCAUGGCCGCGAUUACAUCUAUCAUUUAUUACCAUAACAUUGAAACGUCAAACUUCCCCAAACUUUUGUUAGCUUUGCUGGUCUAUUGGACAUUAGCCUUUCUCACGAAGACGAUAAAAUUUGCCAAGUUUUGUGAACAUGGGAUUGGUCUGAGCCAACUCCGUUUCUGCAUCGCUGCCCUGCUGGCAAUAUUGUACGGCAUGCUACUGGCUGUGGAGGUUAACGUCAUCAGAAUGCGGCGAUACAUUUUCUACAAACAUUCAAGAGAGGUGAAGCCUCCAGAAGACCUGCAAGAUUUGGGAGUCAGAUUCUUGCAGCCAUUCGUGAACCUCCUAUCCAAAUGUACCUAUUGGUGGAUGAACAGAUUCAUAACAACAGCACAUAGGAGACCUAUUGACCUCAAAGCUAUUGGCAAGCUGCCCUUUGCCAUGAGAGCAAUAACCAACUAUGUACUCCUGAAGGAUGCAUACGAAGCACAAAAGAAGAAAGCUCUGGUCGGGCUGCAGGACACGAAGAUGAUCUGGCGGGUGUUACGGCAGGCCUUUGGUCGCCCCAUCAUUCUCAGCAGCAUCUUUCGCAUCUUGGCCGACCUGCUGGGCUUUGCCGGACCUCUCUGCAUCUCUGGGAUUGUGCACCACCUCAGCGACGAGCAUCAAGCCUUCCAUCCACAGGUCAAAAUGCUGGGAGUUUACUUCAUUUCCUCACAGGAGUUUCUAUCCAAUGCCUAUGUGAUCGCAGUUCUAUUAUUCCUCGCUCUCCUUUUACAAAGGACAUUUCUUCAGGCGUCUUACUACGUUGCCAUAGAAACUGGAAUCAACCUACGAGGAGCAAUUGAGACCAAGAUCUACAAUAAGAUCCUUCGAUUGUCCACAUCCAACAUGUCCAUGGGGGAGCUGACCGUGGGGCAGAUCUGUAACCUGGUCGCCAUCGACACCAACCAGCUGAUGUGGUUCUUCUUUCUCUCCCCCAACCUCUGGGCCAUGCCCGUGCAGAUUAUUGUAGGAGUACUUCUUCUUUAUUACCUCCUUGGAAUCAGUGCCUUAAUUGGAGCAACAGUAAUUAUGUUGUUGGCCCCAGUGCAGUAUUUUGUAGCAACCAAAUUUUCUCAUGCCCAGAAAAGCACAUUGGAUUACUCAAAUGAACGCUUGAGAAAAACCAAUGAGCUGCUAAGAGGAAUCAAACUACUUAAACUGUAUGCCUGGGAAAAUAUCUUCCAUAAGAGUGUGGAAGAAACUAGACACAAAGAACUGAAAUGCCUCACAUCCUUUGCUCUGUACACCUCCAUAUCCAUUUUUAUGAAUGCAGCAAUACCUAUUGCAGCAGUCCUCAUUACAUUUGUCGUUCACAUCAACCUCUAUGAAGAUGCAGACAUGUCACCAGCGGUGGCCUUUGCUUCCCUCUCUCUCUUCCACAUUUUGGUCACACCCCUCUUCCUGCUGUCAAGUGUGGUCCGCUCAACUGUCAAAGCUUUAGUCAGUGUGCAGAAACUCAGCGAAUUCUUCUCCAGUGAAGAAAUCGGGGAGGACCACAGCAGAGUGGUGUUGCAAAUGAACACUGAAAACAGUGGCAAAUAUCAGACCGUACCCCUUAAAGUUAUUAACCGCAAACGACCUACCAAGGAGGGAUGGCAAAAAUUUGAUCCACACCCCAUGCAACAAAUAAGCGUCACAGAAGGAGAUGAUGUAUUUAUAAAGGUGACAAAUGGAUUUUUUACCUGGACAUCGGACGGGGCUCCAACUUUGUCUAACAUUGAUAUUAAGAUCCCUUAUGGCCAGCUCACCAUGAUAGUCGGUCAGGUGGGCUGUGGCAAAUCUUCGCUGCUCUUGGCAAUUCUUGGCGAAAUGCAGAAAAAUUCUGGCCUUGUCUACUGGAACAGAGCUUCUGAUGCUGAAACAACAGAAGAAGGCAGCAGUGCCGAGGAGGACACAUCUAUUGAUGUUGAAGUGAGGAGAAGAGGGUCUGUGGCCUACGCUGCUCAGAAGCCAUGGUUAUUAAAUACAACAGUGGAAGAAAAUAUCACAUUUGGGAAUCCCUUCAACAAACAAAGAUAUAGAGCGGUGAUUGAUGCUUGUUCACUCCAACCAGAUAUUGACAUACUUCCUCAGGGAGAUCAGACGCAAAUCGGUGAGAGGGGAAUUAUCCUAAGUGGUGGACAACGUCAACGUAUAAGUGUGGCAAGAUCCCUGUACCAGCAGACCAAUGUGGUAUUUCUGGACGAUCCGUUCUCGGCACUGGACAUCCACCUGGGUGACCAUCUCAUGCAGGAUGGAAUCCUCAAGAUGCUGCAGGAGGAGAAGCGAACAGUGGUCCUGGUCACUCAUAAACUGCAAUACCUGCCCCACGCAGAUUGGAUUAUAGCCAUGAAGGAUGGCACUAUACAGAGAGAAGGCACAUUGAAGGAUAUCCAGAAUUCUGAUCCAGAUCUCUUUGAACUUUGGAAAACACUAAUGAACAGACAGGAUCAAGAACUAGAAAAGGAAAUUGUAGCUGGAAGCAAAACCGCAUUGGAGAGGAAGAACUUACGGAGAGCAAUGUACUCGCGGGAGGCCCUCCUGAAAACACUGCAAGAGGCAGAAGAUGAAGCAGAGGAUAUGGCCGAGGGUGAUGAUGGAGACAACCUUUCCUUGGUGCUGCGCGAAAGGGCAAAGAUGCCAUGGGGUGCCUGCGGCAAGUAUCUGAGCUCGGCCGGAUGCCUUCUGCUGCCUUUGCUCAUCCUCUCUCAGCUCUUCAAGCACACGGUAAUGGUGGCCAUCGACUACUGGCUGGCAAAGUGGACCUCCGACGCGAUCUACGUCAAGAACGAAGUGGAGAAAGGAAAUUGUUCUUCCACCCAGGAUUGUUACUUCAAUCAUUCUUCAUACAUAAUAGUCUUCAGCAUCCUCUGCUGCCUAGGAAUUGUCCUCUGUCUGAUCACCUCUAUUGCUGUGGAAUGGACAGGCCUCAAAGUGACCAAGGAACUGCACAAGAGUUUGCUCAACAAAGUCAUCUUGGCACCAAUGAGAUUCUUUGAGACCACUCCUCUUGGGAACAUUCUGAAUCGCUUCUCUUCAGACACCAAUAUAAUCGAUCAGCACAUCCCCGCUACCUUGGAAUGCCUCAUUCGAUCAACGCUCCUGUGUGUCUCUGCUCUGGCAGUGAUUUCAUACGUAACACCUGUGUUCGUCAUCGCCCUGGUCCCUCUCGCAGUGGUUUACUACUUUAUCCAGAAGUACUUCAGAGUGGCGUCCAGAGACCUACAGCAACUGGAUGACAGCACCCAACUUCCGCUGCUCUCCCACUUCUCCGAGACGGUGGAGGGCCUGACCACAAUACGAGCCUUAAGGGAAGAAAAUCGCUUUCGCCAGAAACUGCUGGAGCUCACCGACACUAACAACAUUGCCUCCUUGUUCCUCACAGCAGCCAACCGCUGGCUCGAAGUUCGUAUGGAAUAUAUUGGAGCAUGUGUAGUUCUUAUUGCAGCAGUUGCCUCGAUCACAAACUCUUUGUACUACGGACUUGCAUCAGGACUUGUUGGUCUGGGACUUACCUAUGCCCUCAUGAUCUCAAACUACUUGAAUUGGAUGGUACGCAAUCUAGCGGAUAUGGAGGUACAACUGGGUGCUGUACAAAGGAUAAACAACCUCCUUAAAAUCGAAACUGAAAAUUACGACGGACUUAUAUCACCUUCUCAGAUUCCUCCUAAUUGGCCAGAUGAGGGUGAGAUCAAAAUCCAGAAUCUCAGCGUUCGGUACGACAGCACCCUUAAGCCAGUGCUAAAGAACGUGAAUGUUCACAUCAGUCCAGGGCAGAAGGUUGGAAUCUGUGGACGGACUGGCAGUGGGAAAUCUUCCUUUUCUUUAGCCUUUUUCAGAAUGGUAGAUAUGUUUGAAGGGAGAAUACUUAUUGAUGGAAUAGACAUUUCUAAACUGCCACUAAGCAUGUUGCGAUCCAGACUCUCUAUCAUUCUUCAAGAUCCUGUGUUAUUCAGUGGUUCAAUACGAUUUAACUUGGACCCAGAGAAAAAAUGCACCGACAGCAUUCUGUGGGAGUCCUUAGAGAUCGCACAACUCAAACACUUGGUGAAAGCUUUACCUGGAGGUUUAGAUGCUACCGUUACAGAAGGAGGAGAAAAUUUUAGCUUGGGUCAACGUCAGCUGUUUUGCUUGGCAAGAGCCUUUGUGCGGAAAAGUAGUGUGUUGAUUAUGGAUGAAGCCACAGCCUCAAUCGACAUGGAAACAGAAAAUAUUUUACAGAAAGUUGUGAUGACAGCCUUUGCAGAUCGAACAGUGGUGACCAUUGCUCAUCGGGUUUCGCUAAUUUUGGACGCAGAUCAGAUUGUAGUCCUGUUUGAGGGCACAGUAGCGGAGAACGAUUCUGUAUCUAAUUUGAUGAGCAAAGACAGCAAAUUUGCCUCUUUAGUGAAGUCCAAAAAAUAAAGAUGCAGGCACAAAGCAUCGUGUGCACACCAUUUUGAAUGCAGACCUGGUGAUUGUGAUGAAGAGAGGAAUUAUCUUGGAAUACGACACUCCCAGC